AUGACGAGCGCAUUAAAGAAAAACCGCAAACAACUGACCGAUUCACUUGAUUUGCCGUUACCCCACCACAUGCACAUGGACGACGACGGGCGGGAUAGUCACGAGGAAAAGCUGUCUUCGCUAGCAGGGGGCGAGGGUGCCCUUAACCCCAGUGGCGACGCCGCCACCCCGAGCGCUGGUGGCGCCACAGCCGCGGCUAUCAGCGCCGCCCCUACCGCCCCCACCACCACUAGUUCAGGGGUGACCGACAAGAAGACGCCCCGAACUCCUCAGAUCAUCUCCUGCCGCCCGCAAAACUUGCCCCCGCCCAUCAUCCAGUCGCUGCUGCUGCAACACCAGGCGACGGCGCCGUCGCCGCCAGCGCUGACGGUGGCGGCAGGGGUGUUACCGCUGAGACAGUCGCUGCGCACCGCCAGCCCUCAUGAAGCGGUGCCGUUACCGCCUCAUUUACUCGGUAAGACCGGUCCUGUCGUUAGUUUCAGCGAGAACGACGGCGAACGGCUGCGGCGCCUCACGAUCUCGUCGCAACCGUCGUCGGCUAAUAUCCACACCACGCUGGGACCACCGCUGCGCAAACCGCUGGUGACCAUCAGCCGCAAGAACUCGCAGCUGACGGAUAUGUUCACCUCGUUGCCUCAAGGUGCGCUGGCGACGCUGUCGCCGCGCGUAUUGUCGCCAAUCGACCCGCAGGCGUCGCCUAAGUUACCGUCGCCUGUAAUCGGCACCAGCUUCAAGCCUAAGUUUAUGACGUCGCCGCUGCCGCCGCCGGUGGCGAUCGACGAGCUGUUAGUGCUGCCGCAAAUGCUGCGAGCCCUGCUGCUUAAACGUGAACAGCAAAAGAAGCAAGUGGUGGCGAGUCCCUCAGGCCCGCCGGUGCCGUUCCAGCACUUUUUACAGUUUGCCGACGACGGCAAGUUCCACAUUUUGUUGGCGUGUACCGGUUCGGUGGCUACGAUUAAGAUCCCCCAGAUUUGCGAUAAGCUUUUCCAGAUCUACGGGCCCCAACGGGUGCUGAUCCAGCUUGUGGUAACGCAAAGCGCCGCCCACUUCCUCAAGGGUCAGAAGAUCCACCUGGAGGUGAAGAUCUGGCGCGAUGAGGACGAGUGGGCCAAUUUCGCCGACCACAACCCCACCAAGACGCAAGCGCCGCUGACGCUGACGGCGCCGCCGCCCAAGAAGCCCAAGAACCCCUUUGAGAAGAUGAUCUUACACAACGAGCUCCGGCGGUGGGCCGAUAUCUUGGUGGUGGCGCCGCUUUCGGCUAACACCUUAGCCAAGAUCGCUAACGGUAUUUGUGAUAACUUGCUCACGCUGAUCAUCCGGCUGUGGGGGCCGGUGAACCCCAGUCUGGCCAAGAAGCCGAUCAUCGUCGCCCCCGCCAUGAACACGUUCAUGUACACUCACCCCAUCACCGCCAAACAGCUCGCCUUAAUCCAGCUGGAGAUGUUCGGUAUCGAAGUGCUCAAGCCGGUGGAGAAGGUGUUGGUGUGCGGUGAUAUCGGCAUGGGUGGCAUGCGCGAGUGGCUGGACAUCGUCGAGAUUGUCCGUCGCCGGGUAGCGCAAAUCAAGCAAGAGCGCAACGAGCUUGAAGGCGUAGCCCACGAGGAGGAUGACGACGAAGAUGACGACGAAGACGGUGGUGACCACGACCACGAUGACGAGGAUGAUGAUGACGACGACGACGACGAUGAUGACGACGAUAACGUCGCCGACGUCCACACCAUCCCCGAGGAAGACGAAGAGGAGUCGGGCGAGCACCAGCUAGUGGUGGAGCUUGGUCCCACUGGCGACGACGAGGAGCAGAAGCUCCCGAUCCCGCCGCAAACGCAAAACAUCAUCUAG